AGCGGCAGGCAUGCAAAAUUGGCGGCAGUGUCAGCAGUGCGGUCUUCAGGUAGCGGCAGUGGCGCGGACUGGGACAGGUGUUGGGAUCCUGAGGAUUUAGAAGAUGCAGAUGCCGAUGAUCUCGAAAAGCGUAGACAAGAGCUACAACGAGAACUUGAAUUACAGAUGAAAAUGGAAAGCAAGGCUAAGAAGAAAGGGAAAAAGCCGAAGAAGGAAAGCAGCUCUUCGACAGUGAGUAGUACCUCGACUUCGGAUUCGAGCAGCAGUAGUGGCGAAUCGAGCUCUAGCAGUUCAAGUGUAGAAGCUAGACGCAAGAAGGUGAAGAAGACAAAAUUGAGUAAACAGCAACAACGUCAAUCUUCGACGUCUUCAGACGAUCGCCGCUCCAGAUCAAAGCAUAAGACGGGCAAAUCUAAGCGCACUUCAAAGUCAUCACAGCGCGACAAGUCUUCAAGCAGCGCCAAGAAGUCUGGCAAAUCUGCUCCGAGCGGAGGGAAGUGCUGCAAGUCGCCGUCGCCUCUACCAGCCAGCCGAAAGAAGUCCGAGACUCCACCGCAGACCGCGCUUAAAUCGAAAAAUAAAGCGAAGAGGAUGGGUGUUCCGACGGGUGGAGAUAAGACGCCUAGGCCACACAGCAGGUCUAGCAGCAAUAAGGAAAGACAUCGAACGCCGUCUCCAAAAAUAAGUAAGGACAGAGAAAGGGAAAAAGAAAGAGAACGAGAAAAAGAACGAGAGCGUGAAAGAGAAAAAGAGCGUGAGAGAGAAAAGGAACGAGAACGUGCUAAAGAGAGAGAACGUGUGAAAGAAAGGGAAAGAGAAAAAGAACGAGAGAAGAAGAAAGAGUCGCUUGUUAGGUCUCCAAAACGUGAUUCAAGCCGUUCGCUGAAGGAUAUCAAAAGACGAGACACCCCUGAUUCUGUACAUUCAAGGGAUAGAAAGAAUUCUCCUAGCAGAAAUAAGGGAGGCAGCACUAGCAGGAGAGAUCAUAAAAGUCCUUUGAAAGAUGAUAGAAAAAGUGACAAAAGAGAGGACAGGGCCAGAUCCAGGGGCAAGGAUUGCAGAAUAUCGGAUAAGGGCACUGUUAGAAGUUCCACUAAAGAUAAAUCGAGAGAUUCACGAGAUAGGGACAGCAGACGAGACAGAGAAAGAGACAGGGAAAAGGAAAGAGAAGAAGCGCUUGCAAGGUGUCAGGAGCGACAGCGUGAACGUGAGCGACUGAAAAAAGAAGAAGAAAGGCGAGGUAGAGACAGGCAUAGGGAUGACAGAGGAUUAGAAAAGCCAUCAGGUGACAGGGUAGAAAGAUUGCUCCCCCUUCCGGAAGACCGCAUACCACCAGCACGAAAAACUCAUUCUAGCGAACGGGACAGCAGGGACAGAGGUAGGGAGAGAGACAACAGACACGAUCGUACCCCAGAAUCACUUGCAGGCAGAGGUGGGGGCAGAAAAUCACCUCUAGUCCAUGACAGGCAUGACAGAGAUUUGGACAAAGACAGGGGCUAUGAUCGAAGUUAUGACCGUGGAUCAGAGAGAAGCGGUUAUGAUAGAGACAGAGAACGUGACAGAGAGUAUAGAGUUGGCUCAAGUGGUGGAAGGGAUGCUGAGCAUAGAGUGGGGUCCGGUGAUAAGAGUUAUGACAGCCCAUAUGACAGAAAUCGCUUAGAGGAUAGCAGACGGUACGCGGACAUGGCUGAGGACCAUUAUGACGACAGGCGUCGUAGGGACCAUCGAGAUGAUCGAGAUAUCGACAGGUCAAUGGAUAACUGGGCGCCUGAAGACAGACGUCGAUGGGGCAGUCAGGAUUGGAGAGAAAAAUCUAGACCGCAAAGUGCCACUUCUCAUCACGUGGAUGCAGUUAAUGAGGAUCCUGCGUCUGGAGACGUUCGUCCAUCUCCGCAAGAGGGCGACGCUGUAAAACGGCCAUCGGAAGAACCCGUUGAUGGCGCGGGUGCCAAGAAGGCGAAGUGGGAUGUUCCCCAGACAGCAUCGGUCGUUCCACCAGUCCUCGAAGAUGAUCUCAGUGAAAUUAGCGAUGAUGCUGAUGAGAUAUUGAAUAGAGAUGAGGAGAUUACAGACGAAAUGAUAGAGGUGACGCCUGCAUCAGGAGGACCUUUGGAUGCGUCAUCUAAUAAUCCGGGUGACCUAGCUUCCUUGAAAGAUCAAAAUGCAUCAACUCCAUCUCAGUCUUCAACAGGCCAGCAGCAGUCACAGAAGGAUGCAGCGUCUGUGGACGGUGAAAAUAUGGAACUGGACUUUGAGGAGAUCUCAGAGGAUGAGUUGGAAGAGGAAUCCAAGUGACACUGGAAUUGGCGAUGCUCUGGGUGUCGAUUGGGCAAGUUUGGUAGCCGAGUCAAGACCGAGACAAAAACCUACGAGUUCCGCUAAGUUGCGAUGGGAAGGCCAUAAUGUUCUUCUGAGUCUUGGAGAACAAAGGGAACUUACGCUAAAACAGGUGAAAGUGAAAACGGAACGUCAAGAGGUUAAUGCGAAUGGGAUAGAAGUGACCAUUAAGCAAGAACCGCAGGAUCCUGCUUCGACCACUGCCUGCGAUAUGGAUGAUCCUCUGAUGGUGCUCCACCCUAUAGCAGCGGUCCAGUCAGCCGACAGAGAAAAGCAGUGGUGGCGCAAAUCUCUUUUCUCUAGCGCAGGAGCCUACCGGAGGGCUCUUUCAGCCAGAAGGGACCUGUUGUUCAGAAGACAUCUAUGCAACCUACCCCACAACGAUACUUACGCAGAGCCGCCCAAAAGACACGAUCCCGAAUUGCUGCAGGUUGCUACAAGACUGUUCGAAAGGUGUUUGUAGCUCAAAAUGAAAAAAACCACUAGACGGCUUGUCUGCCGUCCAUGUAAAUCUUUCCAUCCAGACAUUUUUUCUACAGCACGCGAACAAUAUCAUAAUAGUUCGAAAGGGCAUGUGUACAGUCGUUUAACUAAGAAUAAAGUUGAACAUUGUAUUUUCUGAACUGUUGGUAGCUCAUCAAACAUCGAGUCAGUAGUUUAUCUCGGCGUCGUUUUCUAGCUACUCAUAUAUCACUUUAAAAAAUUGACAGUUCUUUUCAACUACGAGCCCUGUCUCAGUGAAGUUGGACCUACUAUCAGAACUAUGUUUUUUUUAUGAAAUUUGUCAUAUUAAUAUGAAAAACUAAAAUGGAUUUCUCAUAACAUACGCUAUUUUCAUUUAAUAGUAGCCUAAAAUACUACAUUUUUAUAACAAAGAAAAAAUGUCUUAGAAAUUCAAAAAACUGCCGAUUAAUAAUCAUCAACGAAACCAAAUAGCAGCAAAUUACCACUGUCUUACAUUGUAUUACUAUUGGCAGUCAUCUGGUGUAAAACUGCUCAAAAUUUAUUGGAGACGGGUUUGCAAUUGAGGCGUCUGGAAUAAAAUGGCUAUAAGUACCAUUAGCA